AUGGAUUCUACCUCUCUCUUACCAACAUUUUUAGAUGUGGAUCUGACAAUAUCACAUAUUAAAUGUCUUCCCAAGGACAUUCUGGUGAAAUUUCAAGGCAUAAAUAAUAAUGAAUGUGAGUUUGACUACCACAUAUUGCAGAGAGAAAUACAACAUACUCCAAAAGUGAAAAAUAAUGUGGAAAUUGAUGAAUUUUGUUUGGUGGAAGAAAGAGUAUCUGGAGAAUGGCAGAGAGGAAGAGUCGUGGAAAAGAAAAAUGAACUCUAUACAGUGCUCCUCAUAGAUCGUGGAGAAGAACUAAGAGUUGCUGGUCCACAGAUUGCUUCAGCCUGUGGCAAUUUAUUUGAGCUACCACCACGGGUAGUAUUUGGUAUUUUUGCGAAUAUACUACCAGUUGGGGAAAAAUGGUCCCCUAAAGCUUUGAAUUAUUUCAAGUCAUUAGUAGGAAUACAAGUGAAAGGUUAUGUGCAAGCUAUUUUACCUCUGCAAAUGUUUAUUUUUGAUGUGCCAAAAAUUAUAUCUCAGGCUCUCGAGUUACAAUUAGGAAGACUUGUUGAUGGAGAUUCAUUUCGUCUUAUUGUGGAAAUGUUAGAAUUCCCUCAACAAAUGCCAGAUUUAUUGCAACAUAAAAGACCUGAAUUGUCAUUAGGUAAUAAAGACAUUUCACUUGAUAUUCAACAUGUUCUGGAUAAGUUGCAGCCAUCUUUGUCAGUAGGAAGUACUGAAAGUGUAAAGGUAUCAUCUGCAUUGAGCCCUAGUAAAUUUUAUUGUCAGUUAAUUAAAUGGACUCCAGAACUAGAAAACUUGACAGCACAUAUGACUUUACAUUAUGAUACCAUCUGUCAAGAAACUAGUCCCACGUGUGAUAAUUUUGGACUACUUUGUGUUGCCAGAAGGCAAAAUGGACAGUGGCAUAGAGGAAUUCUUCAGCAGCUCUUGCCCCCAAAUCAAGUAAAAAUUUGGUUUAUGGAUUAUGGCAGUAGCGAGGCUAUACCCUCAAUUUAUGUAAAGAAACUUAAACAAGAUUUUAUUUUAGUACCAUUAUUUUCAUUUCCAUGUUCUCUGACAUGUUUGCACAGUCCAGAUAGAGAUGCAAGAACAUUUCAACUGAGGGUAUUUAAACAGGCCUUGUUAGGACAAGUAGUAUAUGCACACAUUGAUUGGUUCAAUAAGGAUGAGCGUUUGUAUUACGUGACAUUACAAACUCAAGAGUCUACAGUUAAUUCUAAGUGUCUACUGAAGACUGUAGGCACACAAGUACUUUCUCCGAUGUCUGAUUCAAAAAUAUCCAAUAUCUUGAGUGAGACAAGUGUGUCUGAUGUAAACAGCUUUGCAGUUGAGAGUUUUAUGGGAAAUAUUGAAUGGUCAAUAGACUCUCUAAAUAAAAAAGGCAUUUUAAAAGUAGGUUUUCCCAUUGAAACAAUAGAAAUGGAGAUAGAGGCUGCCUAUAUAGCUUUUAUAGCAUAUGUAUUAAACCCAUCAAAUUUCUGGGUACGCACUAAUGACCAUCAGAAUGAAUUUCAAGAAAUAAUGAAAAAUAUAAACAAAUUUUAUGAUUUGUGUGAAAACGAUGAAAUGAUUCUAAGAAAACCUGAACCUGGAUUAUUUUGUUGUGCUAGAUAUAGCAAGGACAGACGUUUUUACAGAGCUGUCAUCACUGAAAUUAAUGGUUAUAAGAUUAAUGUUUAUUUUUUGGAUUAUGGUAAUACUGAUUCCAUACCAUUUUUUGAUGUAAAAAUUUUGCUUCCAGAAUUUUGUGAGUUACCUGCCUUAGCAAUGUCCUGUUCACUUGCACAUAUAUUUCCUGUUGAAGAUUUAUGGACUAAGGCUGCAAUUGAUUAUUUUAAAAAAUUAGUUUUGAACAAAGCACUUUUGCUUCAGGUUAUAGCAAAAAAAGAUGACAAAUACACCGUAAAUAUUCAAAGUGUUGAAGCCUCAGAAAAUAUUGAUGUUAUCUCUCUUAUGUUACAAGCUGGAUAUGCAGAAUAUUGUCAAGUAGAACUAAAAUAUUUUCCAAAAUCUGUAAGUGAAUAUUCAAUGUUAAAUUCAAAAUCUAAAAACAAAGUUAAUAUUAAAAAAGUCAUAUCUGCCCUUCUUGAAGGACCUAAAUCUAAAAAGUACCUUUCAAAUAACCUGGUAGAAAAUAACUUGUCUUUGCCAAAGUCCCCAGCUGUUAAUGUCUCAGAUUUAAAAAAUCCUUUCACCUUGUCUGUGGGACCUGAGUCAUCCUGGUCUUAUAAAGAAUAUAUAUUUAAACCAGGAACAGUUCUUGAAGUUAAAUGUUCCUAUUAUUAUGGCCCAGGUGACUUUUCAUGCCAACUCCAAUGUAAGUUAGAAGACCUAAAAUUACUAAUGGAGCAAAUUCAGAAUUACUAUAGUAUUCAUUCUGAUCCUUACGAGAUUGGGCAGACUGCUUGUGUUGCUAAGUAUUCUGGGAAGUGGUACAGAGCUGCUGUUUUGACUCAAGUAUCAAAAGAAGUUGACAUAGUAUUUGUUGACUAUGGUUACCAAAAAAGGGUUUUAAUUAAAGAUCUUUUUGCAAUUAACCCACGUUUUCUCUUGCUAGAAAGCCAAGCCUUCAGAUGUUGUCUUAACCAUUUUAUUGAUCCUGGUAGUUGUAAAUUUUUCAGUUGGACAAGAAAAGCAUUCAGAGACUUGCGGAAUUUUAUCUCUUCAUCUAGAGGGUUAUUGACUUGUAUCAUCUAUGCCUUAGUUGUUAUACAUCCCAACCAUUUAUAUAACUUAGUGGAUUUACAAUCCUCAUAUACUAGUGCAAAAGAAUUUCUUAUGAAUCGUGGCUCUGCUCAGUAUAUCACAUUAUCAGAGACAUUCCCAUCUUUAGUUAGUCUUUACAGUUACUGUUAUUCUUCCUUUAAUAUAAAAAUUGGAAAUGAAGAAGAAGUAUAUAUAUCUCACAUAUAUAGUCCCAAAAAGUUUUAUUGCCAGCUUGGCAGAAAUAAUAAAGAUCUAGAGAUGAUAGAAACAAAAAUCAAGGAGAGCAGUAACCUCAAAAAUUGUCCAAAAUAUGAUUCUAAUAAAAUGAGAGUGUGCAUAUCUAAGUAUGUAGAGGAUGGUCUCUCAUAUAGAGCUUUAGCAGUACCAACAGAUUCAUCAUCUGAAUUUCAAGUCUAUUUUGUAGACUUUGGAAAUAAGCAAUUAGUAGGAGAAAAUAUGUUGAGGGCCAUUUCAGCUCAGUUUCCAGAGUUGUUGUUUACACCUAUGCAAGCUAUUAAGUGUUUUUUGUCAGAUCUUAGAGAUGUAGAUAUUCCAGCAGAAAUCAGUAGUUGGUUUAAAGACAAUUUCUUGGGAAAACCAUUAAAGGCGAUAAUAUUGUCCCAGGAGUCAGACGGACAGCUUGGUAUAGAAUUGUAUGAUGGAUCUCAAUAUAUAAAUGAGAAAAUUAAAGUAUUGCUUCAUGCUUACGGAAAAAGACAUUGUGACCAAGCAUGCUGCAUGGAAAAGAGUAAUAAAAUAAAUGAGAAUAAGAGACUUACUACUUCUUUGAAAGGCAGAACAGGAAACAACUAUUGUCCUAAUGUGAUUAAUAAAACUAGUCCAGUAACAUAUUCCGAAAGAAAAAUGGAUCAGUUGAUGCAUCCCAAAAGUAUAUAUGCCAGGUUUUUGAAGCCAUCAGUUUGUUAUAAAAUGGAACCUGUGUCAAAAAACAAAAUGAAGAAUUCUUUGAAUGAUGGGCUUAAAGGUAUAAAAAUUGCCCCUGGAGCUGCACAUAUUCUUGAGAACAGGGGUGUGCGUCAAAAACCGCUAAAGGUUGUAUCACAGUCUUUUAUCAGAGCAUUAAAUCAAACAUCCUCACAAAACCCAUAUGACCUUAUUAGGCCACGGAUUAAAGACCUUCCUCAACCACAAAUUUAUUUGAAUGCCAAAGUUAAAGGUUAUGUAUCUAAUAUCAGUAAUCCAGCAAGUUUCCAUAUUCAGCUUGCUGAGAAUGAAAGUAUAAUUAUCAGACUUGCUGAUGCUGUAAAUACAACAGCAAGGAGAUUGAAAGAGAGAAAAUCAGUUCCACCUCUAGUGGGAGAUCUUGUAGUUGCAGAAUAUUCUGGUGACAAUGCCAUUUACAGGGCAGUUAUUAAGAAAAUUUUGCCAGGAAAUUCUUUUGAAGUAGAAUUUAUUGACUAUGGUAACUCUGCGAUAGUAAACACAUGUAAAAUUUAUGAACUUCAGAGGGAAUUUUUAACUGUUCCUCAGCUAGGAAUCCAUUCUUUUCUUAGUGGAGUAAAAUGGAAUGAGCCUGAUGAAAUAUGGGAUGACAAAACUGUGGAUUAUUUUACUUCAAAAGUACAUAACAAAACAGUUUAUUGUGAAUUUUUGAAAAAGCAUGAUCAGAAAUGGGAAGUAAAUUUGAUUUGUGAUGAAAGAUGUGUCAUUAAUGAACUACUGAAAUGGAAAGUGUGUUCAAAACUAGAGAAGUCAGCAUUGCAAAUGCCUCAGGUUCUGGAUCAAAAGGUGAGCCCAGGUGAUAAUAAUGAAGUGAAGAAAGGAAAAUCAAAUGAGUCUGAAGGUUCUAUGAAUUCGAACCAAUAGCUGUUUAAAAUUCCUUUCGAAGAAUUCAAACCUGGACAACUUGAAAAAGCUGAAAUGCUUAAUGUUUCAAAAAGUGGAAGAUUUUAUGUGAAGUUAUCCAAAAAUAAAAAGAUUUUAUCAGAUUUAAUAGUAUUAAUUACUAAAGAAGAAAAAAAUUCCCCCUUUUUAUCAAUGGAAAGUAUUGAAAAAGGUUUAGAAUGCUUGGCAAAAUCUAAAAAUAUCUCGAAAUGGCAUCGUUCAAAAGUGGAAAAGUAUGUUGAUGAUAAAGUACGUUUUUUAGUAGAUUGUGGUAUCUAUGUAGUGCCUGUAUGUAAUACCAAGCUGCUUAGUAACGAAAUAAGAAGUAUUCCUAGACAAGCUGUACCUUGUAAAUGGAUUUGGUUUGAAAAUUCUAAGAACAUGUCAUUUGAGUGCUUAUUUGCUCAUUUGGAAAUAAAUAUUCUUUUCCUGAAAUAUUUAGAUGCUGUUUGGGAAGUAGAAAUUUUGGUAGAUGACCUGUUACUUUUGGAAUACUUAAAUUUGAAUACAGUUCAUGUUGAAGAAAACAAACUUAGACCUGCAGAAAUUGUUUACAACAUUGAAUCUAAGACUCCUAUAUCAUCAUGCACAAUAAAAUCAUUUACUUGGGUUCAAUUCCAAAAUGAUAGGCAGUAUUCUGGUAUUGCAACUGCUGUUUCUGAUCCAUCAGACUUCAGUAUUCAGUUAGAAGAUUUCUUUGACAUAAUGAAAUAUCUUUUUAUGUUGCUUUCUGAUCCCCCGGAGACCUUACAAACAUUGCCUCUGGAGUUCAUAAUUCCCGGUUCUAGUUGUUUGUUCAAAUAUAAAUCGGAAGAUCAGUGGAAUAGAGUAGAAAUUUCUGAAGUCUCACCUCAGUCUUUAUGUCUUGUGUUGAUUGACUAUGGAUUUUCUUUUUAUAUACAUUAUUCAGAAAUUAUAAAUCUUAAAGUUGUUCCUGAGGAAUUUUUGAAUUUGCCAAGGCUGAGUUAUCCAUGUAUUUUAUAUGGUGUCUUACCUGCUAAAAGAAAACAUUGGAGUGAAGAAGUCAAAAGCUUUUUUCGAGAUUUCCUAAGUAAACCAGACCUAGUUUUUCAGUUUAGGGAAUGUAAUUCUGAAACAAAACUGAAAGUAGAUGUCAUGCAUGAGAAAAAGAAUUUGGCAGAUAUAUUAGUUGCAUCUGGUCUCGCAACUUCUUCUAAAGAUUCAGCUUAUCUUGAUGCAAUUUCUGCUACUGAAUCUACUAAAAUUCCAGUAUAA